GAGAAAUGAUCAGAGAAACUCGCAAAAUGUGUAACCAGUGAUUAAUAGCGAAUCUGAUGUACAAAAGCUGUGAAAAUCAGACGUGCAUUCCCGAUACUAUUCUAAUCCGUGUCCUUGAACGGCCGGUAUACAGCGUUGUCUGGAAGCCUGGAACUUGGCCGUGGCCGAUUAAUCGCGCACCGGGGCCUCUUCGUCGUGGCAACAAACCUGAGGGCUUCUGAGAGGCGAGCACGUGGAUCGAAAAUAAAGAGAGCUACGAUUUUCAUCGAGAAAUAAUCGUGCUACCGCUUCAGUCUUCUCCAGUUUAUCCGUCUUAUUGGUCGCAUUCCCUUCCGCAAGAAUCCUUUGAGAAUUUAUUCGGCUCGGACGAACAACCUGAAGACGUUACUGGCUCGACGAAUAGAGAACGAAGAAACGAGGAUCAUUGACCCGGCGCAUAAAGUGGUCCUCGAGUGUCCGAGCGCGGUUCCAGCGAGCCAAAGUGCCGCUGGCUGGCCAUAUCAGAAGCAGAAACAAGAAACAGAGAAAAAUUGAUCCACGGUUAUCGGUGCACUUGACUCCUUCGUCGUUUCGAGUAGGCUAAUUUUAAGAUCGUCUCGAAAGCGAGAGAAAGAGAAGGACUAUCUCGACCUCUGUGAUGAUCAACGGCUAUGGCGCCAGGAGCAACGGCCCUGACGAGUCUUCUGCUGUUGCUGAUGGCGAUGGCCGCGAGAUGCUCGUCGACGAAAAGUAUCCUCGCGAGCACUCAAUCGCCGUUUGCCAAGAUUCUGAAAGGCGUCCGGCUACCGGAUGGUUACAUGGAAGUAGUCCAGGAGGAUCAUUGUUCCCAAGGCGCUGCUCGAUUGACCUGCAGAUCGCUCAAGGCGUUCAUCUUCAUCCUGGAAGCGGAGUACCUGACGAAUCUAACGCACAUUUGUGGAUACGACGCGCAGAAACUGAUGGCGAAGAAGAUGUACAAGAGUCGAGGUAACAGCUUAUCGUUGAAGAAGAAGGAGCUAAAGGGGAAUUAUAUCGACGAUGCCGAGGAUGAACAACGAUUCGGCGUGGUGGAUAUUAGGCAGUCGUUGAACAGGAGAUGUUCUGGUCAAAAACAUUGUCGUUACAACUUCAUCACCGAUCAUCCUGGCGCCGUUUAUUGGAAUCCUGCCACUUUGCGGUUAAAAUAUGCGUGUAUCCCUGAGGCUGCCGUGAAGAGAUAUUGCAACGAGGAGCUGAAGGUGGUCCCUGGAGAGGGUGGCUUCAUAAAUUCACCAGGUUAUCCGCUUUACUAUCUCGGCGAGAAUACGUGCGGCUGGACCUUCAGGUCGGCUCCUGGGCACAGGAUUGUCCUGACUUUCCACGAUCUGAAUAUCCGGGAACCUGAAUCGGACGGAAGUUGCGUGGACAUCGUGAGAGUACGAGAAAAAGGAAGAACAUUGUUCGAGAAUUGCGGUACCGUGGUCGGCGUCAAGGUCAUUUCGAACUCGAACGUGAUCACUCUCGACCUUGUCGCCACGAAGAGACUGUACACUGCACGAGGAUUCUUCUUGCAAUAUCAAGUGUUGAACUGUCCGGAUGUCUCAGCGCCCAACGGAAGCUACGUAUUGAAUGGCACUCUGACUUCGAGGACCUUCCUGUGCAAAUUCGGCACCGUGUUCCCCGACAGUAAAGAAAGGACAAGGAUACUCGAGUGCAAGAACGGCAAGUGGAAUGAGAGUGUCAUCAGCAUGCCGAGUUGCACAGCCACGUCAGCGGUGAUCCUGAAGACGGAACAGGAGCAUCAUCGGAUAUCCAAUCUUUCAGGGGACAAUAUCCUUGGCGCAGGGGUCAGGAUUGGUCGAGGUGAGGACGCAGUCGCUGUUAGCAACGGGAACAUUAUGGAUUCGGCGCAAUCAGCCAUGAUGAAGCAAACAGACUACGUCGUAGAUGUUGUCUUGCCGACCGUCCUAAUUGCCCUGUUGUUCGUUGGCAAUGCCAUCAUCGUCUACAUUAUCUUUCAAUAUAGAAAGAGGAAAGUUCCAUCAAUGGAGCAGGGUGAGGAAAUGUCUUUGCGUAACGCAGCCGAGGUGCCGCAAGUAUGAUUCACACAAGAAUCGAUGAUAAAAUUCACGGUGCCAGCCAGAAAUAUCAGCGAGAAGGCCUACGUUGCAUUUCUUCUACAAGGAUGAUCUCCGAACGAAAAUGGAUCUCUAAAGAGAGGAUCGUCGAGAGGCAUCGACAGUUAUUUUUUCUCUUCUCAAUGUUUAAAAAGAAGAAUUGUCGUCGAGUCAACCGAGGGAUCCUCGAAUUUGUGUUCAUUCGAUUUCGUUGAUCACACGUUCUUCAAUUGAGGAGCAUAGUUUAAAAAUGUUUUUCUACACGUACGAAAUUCGGAGAUGCUCUCGAAGAAAAGACUAUAAAUGUGCUCGUCGCCGCUCGUAAUAAUUGCUGUCAAUAUUUAAAAAAUCAGGCGCCUAGUUAUCUGCUGCCACGAUAUUCUACGCGUACAUUCAGACACACACAUACACACGUACACGUACAUUACGAUAAUGUAUUAUAAUGUAAGGAAAUAAUAUAUUCUAUAUUUCGUCCAAAUUGUGAAUAAGUUAAGAAUAAACUGAUGUUUUCAUAAUA